AUGGCUAGAAGAAAGGUUACUUUUGAUAAAGUAUCAGAGGAUGAGGUUGAACCUCCCAAGAUUGACGAAAUACCCUUCUUAACUAAUAAGAUAAUGACUUUACCUAUUCAUUUACCAAUUAUCUUGUACGGAAUGUUCUACUAUGGGAUCACAUCAGAUGUUCAACAAGUUAUGGUCAAAGGAUUAACUACCUUAAUUAUGGCACAAAUAGUUUAUGGGUAUUUGAUUUAUGUCAAUGUUUCAGGUGAUGGAAAGAAGAAGAAGAACAAAGAUAAUUUAUUCUUAUUAUUGGCUAGUUCGAUCAUUAUACCUAUAUUUUUAUCAUUACCAGUAUUUGGAAUUGUAAUCUUGAUGGGAGCUCCAUUAGCUAGCCAUUUAUAUGAAACACUUUUGUUAGCGGCACAUGUUUCCUUGAUCAUCUUCACUCCGGUAAUUGUAUUGUUCAAGUUAAAUUUUUCCAAAUUUUCGAUUAUUGUUCAAAAAAUUGAUUUGAAAUCCAUUUGGAAUAAUUCCAUCUUAUUGAGUAUUUUAGCUUCAAUUAUUGCAACAUGGUGUGGAGUUAUCCCAAUACCCUUAGAUUGGGAUAGACCUUGGCAAAAUUGGCCAAUUACUUUACUCGUAGGAAGUUAUUUGGGUUACUUUUUAGGCUCGUUCAUUAAAUUAUUCAUAUAG